CUAAUCUGCCCAGGGAUUAAGGGAUAAGGAAGAACAGAACGAUUUGCUGCCAUGGCUUUUUUCCAGCUUUUCACUCCACUGGUCCUGUGUGUUUACAGCAACGUCUUCUCAGCAUCAGCCUGGUCAGUAAACAACUUCCUUAUGACUGGACCAAAGGCGUUCCUGACCUACUCCAGCAGUGUGCAGGUGGGCGCGCAGAGUGGCAUUGCGGAAUGUAAACAUCAGUUUGCUUGGGAUCGAUGGAACUGUCCAGAAAGUGCUCUCCAGCUGUCCACUCACAAUGGACUACGAAGUGCUACAAGAGAAACCUCCUUCGUCCACGCCAUCAGUUCUGCUGGUGUGAUGUACACUUUAACUAGAAACUGCAGUUUGGGGGAUUUGGAUAACUGUGGAUGCGACGAUUCUAGAAAUGGGAAAAUCGGCGGUAGAGGCUGGAUUUGGGGAGGCUGCAGCGAUAACGUGGACUUUGGAGAACGAAUUUCCAAGCAAUAUGUAGAUGCGUUGGAGACUGGGCAAGAUUCGAGAGCCGCUGUGAACCUACACAACAAUGAGGCAGGCAGACUGGCUGUAAAGGCGACUAUGAAGAGAAUAUGCAAGUGUCAUGGGAUGUCCGAGAGCUGCAGCAUUCAAACCUGCUGGCUCCAGCUGUCCGAGUUCAGAGAAAUCGGGAACUACCUGAAAUUGAAGCAUGACCAUGCUCAGAAACUCGAAAUGGACAAGAGGAGAAUGCGCGCAGGGAACAGCGCCGACAACAGAGGGGCGAUCGCUGAAGCUUUCAGCACCACAGCGCGGACAGAGCUCAUCUACUUGGAGGACUCUCCUGAUUAUUGCGUAAAGAAUGCCAGCCUUGGGUUUUUAGGCACCGAGGGCAGGGAGUGUCUACAAAGUGGCGACAAUCUUUCCCAGUGGGAAAAACGAAGCUGCAGGAGGCUGUGCCACGAAUGUGGACUUAAAGUGGAAGAGAGAAGAACUGAAAUCAUCAGCAGCUGCAACUGCAAAUUCCAGUGGUGCUGCACUGUGAACUGCGAGCAGUGCACACAGGUUGUCACCAAGCAUUACUGCUCGAGGAGAGAGAGAAGCAAUCCACACAGCAAGCGCAGACGUCACCACUAGAGAUGAAAG